AGUCGAAGCCGGUUCUGCCAAGUAGCUGGUGCUGUCGUUUGCUACUCGCACUUAUAGUGAUACCAAUCGUACCAGUACAGUGUGAUACAUGUGAAAUGCACAUACUUAGUAGUUGAUGAGUAGGCAGUUUUUUUUUCACUACUUCCAUGCCACAUUUCUGAUUUAGUGAUAUUCUAAGAGUGAUUGCCGAUAUUCGUUUUAAAAUUAAAGGAGUUGAAUCUGUUUUCAGCCGAAAAAUCGAGAAAGCCUAAUGUGGGUGAAGCAGCAAUGUGUUUGUUGAACUCAAUUUGAUCAGUGAAAUGUCGGAAGAAUUUCUUCAUAGUUACGACAAAAGUGAAAAACCUGUUCUUGGUGAUUUUUGCGAACGAGAGAAGCUCAUUCUUGGUGUGCUUAUUAGUUGCUCUUUUUUUCGUAAGUCCGUAGUGUAAAUUGGCAGCUUUAUUGUGCAAGUGAAGAUUCAUCUCCAUUAAGCCGAUCAUCUCCGAGCGCUGAAUCAUGGAGGGGCAAAAGCAGGCUGUCCUCCCGGUUUGUCCCGCUGAGAAAGCCAACUUCGUUUCGUACAUCGUGUUCGGUUGGGUGAUUCCGAUCUUCUACAAAGGUUACAAGAAAGAACUGGGCCCGGAGGACAUGUACCAGCCCAUGAAAACUCACAAAUCGGACUCGUUAGGGAAUCAGCUGUGCCAGGCAUGGGAAGAUGAAGUAGCCAACAAACGGGCGAAAGGAAAAACUCCGAGUCUCAUGCGGGCGAUGAUCAAAGUGUUUGGCUGGAACAUAGCUUUGCUGGGACUAAUACUGUUUGUGCUCGAGAUGGCAUUCAAAUUGACUCAACCGAUCUUUCUCGGGGCCCUUGUGGGUUACUAUUCCCAACAAAAUGGCAACAUUAACGAUGCUUAUCUGUACGCUGCUGCAGUCGUUUUAUGCAGUGCUAUCAGUGUACUGUUUAUGCACUCCUACAUGUUAUCUCAACUGCACUUAGGAAUGAAACUGCGGAUCGCUGCCUGCAGUAUGAUCUACCGGAAAUCGUUGCGACUGAGUAAGACGGCACUGGGAGACACGACGGCCGGGCAGGUGGUAAAUCUUCUAUCGAACGAUGUCGGACGGUUGGAUUUAGCCGUCCUGUUUGUGCAUUACUUGUGGAUUGGUCCGGUGGAGACUAUCGUGGCGACCUAUUUGAUGUACCGGGAAAUUGGAAUAUCCGCAGUAUUUGGUGUUAUAUUUCUGUUACUGUUCAUUCCGCUGCAAGCCUACCUGGGCAAGAAAACCUCAGUACUGCGUCUCCAAACAGCGCUACGAACGGACGAACGGGUUCGAUUGAUGAACGAGAUUAUCCAGGGAAUCCAGGUGAUCAAGAUGUACACAUGGGAAAAGCCGUUCGCCAAACUUGUUGCCAUGGCUAGAAAGAAGGAAAUCAAAGUCAUCCGCUACGUUUCAUAUAUCAAGGGUAUCCUGCUUUCGUUCAUUAUGUUCACCACCCGUGUAUCAAUCUUUAUCAGUUUGAUUGCAUACGCACUGCUGGGUAACUUCGUAACAGCGGAGAAAGCAUUUGUUAUAACGGCAUACUACAACAUCCUACGAGCUACGAUGACCAUCUUCUUUCCGCAAGGAAUCGCUCAGUUUGCGGAAGCCGUUGUAUCCGUCGGCCGAAUUCAAAAAUUCAUGUCCUACGAAGAAGUGGAAUCUGCACUAGGCGUAUCGAUGACCGAUCCAGAGAAGAAUUUGGAUGACUCUUCACCACAGAGCAGUAGCGUUGAUUGGGCUAAUGGGAUGGAUAAAAAAGUUCCAACAGAUCCUACUAAUCAAAUGAUCCCUAAAUCGGACUCCGAGCCCGGUUUGAACCCGCAUCUUUCGGAAGCGGGUGUGGUAGUAGAUUCAGCUUCAGCUCGGUGGGAUCCGAAGGCGACGGAGUAUACUUUGGAAGGUAUAAAUAUGCACGUGCAACCGGGAACUCUGGUUGCUGUCAUUGGACCGGUUGGUGCGGGCAAGUCGAGUUUAAUUCAUGCGAUACUAGGGGAACUUCCGCUGGAAGGUGGUAGUAUCAAAGUUAGCGGCGAAAUUUCAUACGCCUCUCAGGAACCCUGGCUAUUUUCGGCAACGGUUCGACAAAAUAUUCUUUUCGGAUUACCGAUGGACAAAGACCGAUAUCGAAGGGUAGUGAAAACCUGUGCCCUGGAAAGAGACUUCCAGCUAUUUGCCAAUGGUGAUAAAACAAUUGUAGGGGAAAGAGGCGUUUCGCUAUCCGGGGGACAGAAAGCUCGGAUUAGUUUGGCGCGGGCUGUGUACAGGAAUGCUGAAGUUUACCUUCUUGACGAUCCACUCAGUGCGGUUGAUGCCCACGUUGGGCGGCAUUUGUUCGAUUAUUGUAUGCGAGGGUACUUGAAAGGAAAGAUAGUCAUUCUCGUUACACACCAGCUUCAGUAUUUGCAAAACGCUGAUCAAAUAGUUAUUUUGAAGCAUGGAAAAGUAGAAGCCGUGGGAAGCUAUGAUAGCUUGCGUAACACCGGUCUGGACUUUGCACAGCUACUGGCAGCACCAAGCGGGAAAGAAGACGACGACAGCACUGAUAACGAAUCUCUAAAAAGAUCAACUAGCUACAGAAGACAAAGCAGCGAGUCCAGCAUAGACUCCAGCACCGUUGAAGGCGAAAAUACCGAGCCAAUGAUGGAACAAGAAAAACGAAAGGAAGGUUCGAUUGGAUACGGGGUAUACAAGGCGUACUGCAAAGCCAGUGGAGGUUAUACUAUUGUAUUUUUCCUUUUUGUAACAUUCAUACUGUCGCAACUGUCUGCUUCCGGUGGAGACUACUUCCUGACGUAUUGGGUAAACAAAGAGGAAUCAAGAAUAAACCCUGUAGUAAAUACUAUUGACAACGGCACUGAAGUGAAAGAUGCAUUUGAACUGGAAUCUAAUAAAACAACCGGGUUUUUCACGGAUCUGUUGCACACUUUUAGACAGUUUACCGGCUCGGAUGAUGACGAUAGAUAUGUUGAUAUCUACAUCUUCACUGGGUUAACCUUGGCGACCAUCAUAAUAACACUCGGUAGAAGUAUUCUGUUUUUCAAGUCGGCGAUGCGAGCCUCUCGUAAACUACAUGACGCUAUGUUCAACGGUGUAACUCGAGCCACCAUGUAUUUCUUCAACACCAACCCGACAGGUCGAAUUUUGAACCGUUUUUCCAAAGAUAUGGGACAAAUUGACGAGUACCUGCCAUCGGUUGCAGUGGAUGUUAUACAAAUUUUCCUGUCACUUCUCGGUAUUGUGGUGGUGGUUGCUAUCGUAAAUCCGUAUAACCUGAUUCCCACGGUGGUCAUUGGCAUAAUCUUCUACUUCAUGCGUGAGCUGUACCUGCAUACAUCCCGCAACGUGAAACGCGUGGAAGCUACAACACGAUCGCCAAUCUACUCACAUCUGUCGGCUUCCCUCUCGGGACUGUCCACCAUACGUGCCUUCGGAGCGGAAAAAGUUCUCGUCCGGGAAUUCGACAGUCACCAAGAUUUGCACAGUUCAUCGUUCUACUUGUUCAUCUCUACGUCGCGAGCUUUCGGAUUCUAUCUGGAUGUAUUCUGUGUAAUCUACAUCGCUAUAGUAACGUUGACAUUCUUCGUUAAGGGUGACAGCGGCGGAAACGUUGGAUUGGCAAUUACCCAAGCUCUCGGUAUGACCGGAAUGGUUCAGUGGGGUAUGCGUCAAUCGGCCGAAUUAGAAAACACAAUGACAUCUGUUGAAAGAGUAGUCGAGUAUGACACGGUUGAUCCAGAGCCGGCACUGGAAGCGGAGGGCGACAAGAAACCACCGAAGGAAUGGCCACAGGAAGGUCGAGUUAAGUUCGAUAAAUUAUCACUGCGUUAUCAUCCGGAUCCCGGUACGGAUUACGUUCUGAAGGAAUUGGAAUUUGAAAUUCAACCGUGCGAAAAAGUGGGCAUAGUUGGUCGCACUGGUGCUGGCAAGUCCUCGUUGAUAAGUGCGCUGUUCAGAUUGUCCUACAACGAGGGCUCGAUUGUGAUUGAUGCUCGCAAUAUUCACGAAAUGGGUCUGCACGAUCUGCGUGGCAAACUUUCCAUCAUCCCACAAGAACCAGUGCUAUUCUCCGGAACAUUACGUUACAACUUGGAUCCGUUCGACGAAUACCCGGAUGAAAAAUUGUGGCGUGCACUUAAGGAAGUAAAACUGGAGAGUGCUGUCAAUGAGUUGCCAUCUGGUCUAUCCUCCAAAAUCAACGAAGGCGGCAGCAAUUUCAGUGUAGGUCAGCGACAACUAGUUUGCCUUGCCCGUGCUAUUCUGAGGGAGAACAAAAUUUUGGUGAUGGACGAAGCAACGGCAAAUGUAGAUCCUCAAACGGACAAACUAAUUCAGGAAACAAUUAGAGAAAAAUUCAACGCAUGUACUGUGUUAACGAUAGCACACAGACUGAACACGGUGAUGGAUUCGGAUAAGGUAUUGGUAAUGGACGCUGGACGUUGUAUUGAGUUUGGAACACCGUACGAAUUGAUGACGACCACUGACGGACCACGUAUAUUCCACGGAAUGGUCAAACAAUCGGGAAAAAGUGCCUUUGAAAAUUUACUAAAAGUUGCCAAAGAGGCUCACAACCGAAAACACGACAGAACUAGCAAGGAAGCCGCUAUGUAGUUUGGUUGUAUCUCAAGUACCAAGAAGCUGCACACAUUUCAUCUCAUUAUGGCCGAUCCUCACCAGAUAGUAUCACUAAUAGCUAUUAGUAUUGUGGAUGUUACUGAAACGUUUGAUUCAAACGGAAUUUAAUCGUACCUCAUCACAAGUGCUACUUAAAACAGCCACUAGUAAUCGUAAGAGUAAAUUUAAACACACGUGCUUUAAAAGUUAACUCAAGUGUUCCAAGUACAAAACAGUGUGAAUUUUCAGCCAGUAAAGUUGACGCUGAUGAUUUACCAAAUGUAUGUAUGUCUCGUACGUAAGUCUGAUGCUGAAAGGACUGCUGUAGAAAUAAGUGUAGUCAAAUUUGUACAACCGUAAUAAAAAGAAGAAAGUUCUAUCAUAGAUAUUAUCAACAAAAUAUUCAUAACGUUGUCUUUGAACUUUGUUGGAACACUUAAUUUACUCGUUGGUACUUAACUGCAAAUUUUUAGUUUUUUUUCCCCUGAACUUUCGUUUUAUACCCUAUAAAACUUCGGUACUCACAAUAUCCUGAUUAAUUUUGGUAUUCUAGUUUGGUCGUAAGUUGGUCAUAUUCUUAGUUAAUGUAAUAAGUGUACCUUUUUGAGUAAUACAUACGAAUUGAUGAAAACAGUA